AUGGCAACCUGUAUAGAGUACCCUUCUUUCCACUCCCCUAUCUAUUUCCCUCCGUCCAGCCAUGAUCUCUUAUACAAGAGGUCCAAGCUGGCAUCCGUGGAGGAAAGUGCCAGCGACUUUUCGGCAAUGACAUCGGCCACACCUCAUCACCACUCUUCUACCCCCAAAAUACCAUCAUGGUGGUCUCGUCUAAGUCUCGACAACUGGGCUUGGGAAAUUGGAGCAUCAAUAUUGUGCCUUUGUAUUCUAGCCGCCAUCGCUGGAGUCUUAUUUGGCUACAACGGGCGCACGGUACCGGAUCUACCUGAUGGCUUAACGCUCAACGCCAUCAUCUCCUUCCUGGCGACCCUUGCCAAAGCUACCCUGAUGGUCGUGCUGGCCGCAGCCAUCCGCCAGGAAAAGUGGCUAUGGUUUGUCGACGAGCCGCGACCGCUGAGCACCGUCGACGCGUUUGAAGAGGCCAGUCGAGGUCCCUUGGGCUCACUGAUGCUCCUGUUGAGUCGGCGUGGAAGUAUCCGAGCCUUCGUGGCAGCCACUGUGACCAUCCUCACCCUGGGCUUUGAGCCAUUCAUCCAGCAGCUGAUUGUGAUUGAUGUGCGCAACGUGCCCAUAGACUCGGCGACAGCCUCGAUCCGGACUCCGACCUCGUACAAUGAAUCCGUGGUAGGCAAUCUGGGCGGCUCGAGUCUCUCCCUGAACGCGCUGAUCGGGGCCUUUGGCGGUGCCACCGGUGCAAUUCCCGACCCUGUUUGUCCCAGCGGAAACUGCACCUGGCCCGCAUACAACACGCUGGCCAUGUGCACCGUCUGUCAGGACAUGACCAACCAGACCAGCCUCGCUGGCGACAUGUUCAACAUCAAUCUGACCUCGCACCUGGACCGAUUCUCGCGGUCCAACGGCACCCCGACCACGACAACGUGGACACCGAGGUAUUCCUUGCCUCAGGGCAACGCGGUCGACGUUUCCGUGACGUUAGACCUGACUCUGGGAAGCAGCGUGCAAUGGUUCAUCGACUAUCCCCGACGAGUGGUCUGGCCGCUGAACAUCGACCCGUCGCCGAACAGCGGAUGGACCUUCAGCUGGGACAACUCGACGUACGCUGGGAUCCCGGGCCCGUUAUUCGCCAUGGGGUAUCUGGACCUCGACCUGGGUCUUUCAGGAGAUCAGGCCAGUCUGGCCAUGCACCGCGCCACCGAAUGUGCCUUCACACCCUGCGUGCGGACCAUGGACACGGCAGUGCGCGGCGGCCAGACGGCCUCCAACACGACGGCCACCGAGCACGGACGAGUCGUGCUCGACCAACACCACGCAGACGGAACCAUCACGUCGGGCUGGACGGCGCGGGUCAACGCGACCGACUAUUCCGUGCUCGACCACGGCAGCGGAGACACCCAGGGCCGCGCCUACCUGCUGAUCCAGGCGCUGCGCAUCGCCCUCGAGGGCAACACGACCUACAGCUACGGCGGGUACUGGUAUCCCGAUCCGGCGCAGCAGGCCGUCGACGCCUUCAACUACAGCGCCACGGGCUUCACGCAGACCGCCGGCCCCUGGAGCUCCGCGGGCCAACAGGCCAUCGACGGCGCCGACGACUUCAGCGCCGUGGUCGACGGCGUCGGCCGCGCCCUGACCGGCCGUUUCCAACAACUCCAAACCAGCGUGGCCUUGGGCACCGCGCUGCGCACCGAGGCCAUUGUCGUCGUGCGCUGGGCCUGGCUCGCGUACCCUCUGGCCCUGGUCGUCUCCGGUCUGGCCGGCCUGCUUCUCACCAUCCUCUCCACCCAUCGCCAUCGCAUGGCCGUCUGGAAGGAAUCCACCCUGCCUCUGCUCUUCCGCUUCAUGCGGCCGACGACUAAGACGCGCGCCGGGACCGACUCGUCGGGUGGUGCAGGUCUAUCAGCAGGGGAGGGCGAGGUCUUUGGCCAUGAUCCACGGCGACGAAAAGAACAAGAUCAUCCAUCUUUAACAAAUCCCAACGACAUAACAACAACACCAAUCCCACGACCACUCACGUUCUCCAACGCCAUCACCACGAAUAAAGUCAGCGCCAUCGUGACCCAGGCAGCAGGCGAGAACGUCCAGCUCCGCCGCCACGACACUUUCUGGGUUCUCGACUCCGAGUGUGUCGACCCCGAUGGUGGCGACAAGGAUAACGAGAAUAACAGCGGCAGCGGCAGCAGAAAUAAGAACGGGCUGAGCGACACCGACUGGAACAGACACGUUUGA